CCCGCCGCUCACCUGCCGCCCGCAGCUCACCUGGCGCCGAGCGCGCGCCCCGCGCCCUCCCGCCCACUCCCGGGCGCGGCCGCCGCCCCUCGCCGCCGCGGGCCCCGGCGCAGACAGGCGACACGAGUAGCCCGCGCGCUUCGGAAGCACCGGAGGAGCCCCCUCGGCCUGGGCGCGCCAAGAGGACGGGGGUUAAAAUGAAUGAAGACCUGAAGGUCAAUUUAAGCGGGCCGCCUCGGGAUUAUUUAGAUGCUGGCGCUGCAGAGAACGUCUCGGCGGCCGUCUCCUCCCAGGUUCCUGUUGUAGAGCCAGAGCCUGAGCUCGUUGUCAACCCUUGGGACAUUGUCUUGUGUACCUCAGGAACCCUCAUCUCCUGUGAAAAUGCCAUUGUGGUCCUUAUCAUCUUCCAUAACCCCAGCCUGCGAGCACCCAUGUUCCUGCUAAUAGGCAGCCUGGCUCUUGCAGACUUGCUGGCCGGCAUCGGACUCAUCAUCAAUUUUGUUUUUGCCUACCUGCUUCAGUCAGAAGCCACCAAGCUGGUCACAAUCGGACUCAUUGUCGCCUCUUUCUCUGCCUCUGUCUGCAGCUUGCUGGCUAUCACUGUUGACCGCUACCUCUCCCUGUAUUACGCUCUGACAUACCACUCGGAGAGGACAGUCACGUUCACCUAUGUCAUGCUCAUCAUGCUCUGGGGGACCUCCAUCUGCCUGGGACUGCUGCCCAUCAUGGGCUGGAACUGCCUCAGAGACGAGUCCACCUGCAGUGUGGUCAGACCUCUCACCAAGAACAAUGCGGCCAUCCUCUCCGUCUCCUUCCUCUUCAUGUUUGCGCUCAUGCUUCAGCUCUACAUCCAGAUCUGCAAGAUUGUGAUGAGGCACGCCCAUCAGAUAGCCCUGCAGCAUCACUUCCUGGCCACCUCCCACUAUGUGACCACCCGGAAGGGGGUCUCCACCCUGGCCAUCAUUCUGGGUACCUUUGCUGCCUGCUGGAUGCCUUUCACACUCUAUUCCUUGAUAGCUGAUUACACCUACCCCUCCAUCUACACCUACGCCACCCUCCUGCCCGCCACCUACAACUCCAUCAUCAACCCUGUCAUAUAUGCUUUCAGAAACCAAGAGAUCCAGAAAGCCCUCUGUCUCAUUUGCUGCGGCUGCAUCCCCUCCAGUCUCUCCCAGAGAGCACGGUCACCCAGCGAUGUGUAGCAGCGUUCCCCUUAGGAGGACACCCUGCACACUCAAUUCUGCAUUUACCAAGCACUUCCAUUGCCCAGCCAAAUGGCUGAGAUGCUGUCCUUUAAUUCUUUAUAUUGGAUUCUCUCUUGAGCCUCAGGAGCACUUAGCAUCGGUGAAGCAUUCAUUU